AUGUCAUGGACACCUCCCGACAAACCUACAGAGCUUUCAUCGAUUAUGCAAUCUGCGGAGCACUUAACUCCUUGGCCCCAAUGGGCCUCGACUAAUUGUACUCGUCAUACCGUCAUACCAGGUUUCCAAACCCUGACAAGCCCGAAGAGUCUGUACCGCCUUGCUGACAUGUUGAUCAUUCCUGAACUUAAAGCUACAUGUCACAAACAAAUCAUUGAGUCCCUAGCGGAGUACAAUGUAAUCUCUGAGACUAAGAGUUCACUUUUUGCGCAACACGAAGAAUUGCGUGUGGAAGCCUAUAAAUUGAUUCGCCAAAACUGGCAGAAAUAUUGGGGCCCUGAGAUUGUUCCUUCAAUCACAAAUCUUUCUCCAGAGGAGGCAUCACUCUUUUUUAAACAUGUACUGAAGGGUCUUGCUCCUUGA